GUUUGCGAGGUACUGCGCGUUGCAUUACUUUGUAUCGUGCUGCAAACAUAUCUAUCGAAUUGGCUAAAAACUUUUUAAAUUUUGGUACUGUUGCCGCGCUGAUAUGAAUACAUACGAAUAAUUAUUUAUGUACAUGCAUUCUGUGGUACACUCUCCUAUUAAGCAUAAAAUGCACAAGUAAUGGAUACGCUAACCUGGUUGUCGCUCGGGCUGCAAUUGGCAGCAUUAUGCUCCAUCGUCGGUGCUCUACUUCUUUAUUUGCUUAGGAAGGUGAAGGUCGCUGAAGUUCUGCCUGUUGCAAGUGCCAAGACUGUACUUGUGACCUCUGUGGAUUCAGCAUUGGGAUUACAGAUAGCAACAUACCUAAGUAGUCGUGGCUGGCGAGUAAUCGCUGGCUGUCGCCCUGGGGGCCUCGGAUCUCGUCUGGCUGAGUCCUGGCUGCAGAACAAUACCCCUGAAAACCAGCCCACACCACGAUUAGUCACCUUAGAGUUGGAUGUAGCCAGGGAAGAUUUAUUGGAGGAAGCUGCGAGAGCUACGGCUCAACAUUUGCCGGCUGGUGAACAUGGCGUAUGGGCAGUGAUCAACACAGCUGGAAGUAGCGGUCGUGGUGGCGCUACUUGCUGGGAGACGGCGCUUAAGGGAAACGUACUUGGUGCUUUACGAGUGGCUAGGACCUUCGCACCGUUAUUGGCCGCUGCUGCAUCAGAUCAUCCUUACGCUGGUCGAUUGUUUUAUAUAGGUCUAACAUCAGAUACGGCAUGUGAAAGUCUUUCGCGCCUGGAUGGCGAGGGUGAAAGUAGUGCAGGGGCAGCUGCAGUACGCUGGGGCACUUGGGGCGCUGCGCGGGCGCUUCGGGCCUCUCUUCGUGCGCGGAGGCUCCACGUGGUACUCUUGCAUACACCGGACCUGUCUUCAGCUGAGCUGUAUUCGCCUCCAGUACAAUUGACGCCAGCAAGUCAACCAGCCAGCCGACCAGACACUCCGAGCUCUGACGUAAGUUCUUCAACCUGCGCGGUGACUAUGCCCGGAGAGGCCGCGGAAUACAGCGCUAAGGUCCUUCCUACGAACGCCCUCAAGGUGUUAGAGGAAGCACUGACUUCCCCAUGCCCCAGGGACGCCUACUACCUUAAGAUGAAGCAAGACUCUUGGUUCACAAGAAUGCCAUCUUUAAGAGUCGCAUGAUUCAAAUUAUUGGUUAUGCCUAACAUACUUAACGAUACCAAAAUCUUUACGAGAUUCAAAAUCAUGUCUUGAAUUAAAAUCGGGAUCUUUACGACUAGUCUGAGGGACAGCCAAUACAAUAUUAUAACAUAUAAAAGAUAUAGUAUAAUAUCUAUAUACGAUAUAAGUAUUAAGUCACAAAUUAGGGCUAAAUAACAAUAUAUCGUACAUAAUUAAUCUAAUUUAUAAUAGAAUGAAUUUGAGAUAUUGUACGUAAUUCAUUAUACAUUGUAGGUAUCUUUACUUUUUCGGUACUAAGAUUAACAUCCUGCACAACAUUUUCUUGAUAUUUAUUCCUUAUAAUUUUCAUCUGCCCAUCAACGGACACGAUCAUGUUCUAAAAAGAAAGUAGAUAAAAAAAUUGUAUCCAUAAACGACAAUUAUUAAACCAAUACCAAGACGUAUAAUUUUUUAGCCUCUACCGAAAGAAUUACAGAUAUAUAAAAUUUAAAUCUUCGUGCUUCAAAGAAUGCCCUAAUUUAAAAAGUCAUUCUUCAUUCAUAUUAAUUCACUUCAGUAAUUAGUUCACCUCACACUGCGCCGUGACAAACCAUCGUAGCGCAGUGUAUAGUGAUUUCGCAUUGGAGUUUAAAGCAAAUUCAACAAAUGCACAGCUCGUUCUUUUAUUUAAACAUCAUUUUUUUUACUAUAUUAUUAAUUUCAUACAAUUAUGACAUAAAAGUUAUGAGGGAUAAUAACUGUAGCGCGAAAAUAGGUAUUGUAUCCUUUUAUCAUAUAUGCGUACGACAUGAUUGACAGUGUAACUCGUAUUCAGUAAUUAGUUAGAUUUUAGGAAGUUGCGCUCUUUGUGCAAGUCCAGAGAAAUCGAUGUAUAUGGUUUCCAAUUAUAAAUGCAUGUAUUGGAUGACAUUCGCUUGUUGAAGCAAUGUUUUGUAAAUAAAAUUGUUGUAUACUUA